CUGGUAGUCAUAGCCAGUGCACAACCACUCAGACCUGAAGACAUUGAGAAUGAAUGGCAGAACUUCAAGAGAAUAUUCCGUAAUAAUGGUUUCACUGAAGGACCGGUAGAAGAGGACAGGCGUCGGGAGAUAUUUGAGGCAAACUAUAGACUAAUAGUGAAACACAAUACAGAAGCCGAUGCGGGACUCCAUUCAUACCGAUUGGGUUGCGGUUCGUGUUGGGCCUUCUCAGCCAUCGCUGCACUCGAGGGACAGUUAGCUCUGAAAACCGGAAAACUGAUCUCACUUUCGGAGCAAAAUGUGAUGGAUUGCAGUCACCCUGAAGGCAACAACGGGUGCGGUGGGGGUCUAAUGGACUACGCGUACGAGUAUAUCAUCAAACAGGGAGGCGUCGAUACUGAGGCCAGUUAUCCGUAUAAAAUGGCAGACCUUAAGUGCACGUAUAAGAAGGAGUCGAAGGGCGCCUCCAUUCAGAACUACACAGACGUACGUAUGGGUGAUGAGGAGGCGCUUAAGGAGGCGGUGGCUAAUGUGGGGCCGAUAGCCGUGGCCAUCGACGCCCAGUACGAGACCUUCCAGUUGUAUAAGUCGGGUGUCUAUGACGAGCCCCUGUGUUUCCAGAGUAUGGAGUUUUUAGACCACGGGGUGACUGUUGUGGGCUAUGGCACCGAAAAUGGUAGGGAUUACUGGUUAGUGAAGAACUCGUGGGGAAAUGGGUUUUGGGGUGAGAAGGGAUACAUCAAAAUGUCCCGCAAUGCCAACAAUCAGUGCGGUAUCGCCAGUGCCGCCACUUAUCCAACGGGUGUGUCCGGUGUC